AUGCGUUUCAGUUACCACCUCAACUGUGCCUCGUCUAGACUGACACACCUCUGCUUUGCUGACGAUCUUCUGAUCUUUAUUGAUGGCUCUCUGGAGUCGGUUCAAGCAGUGCUCCAAGUCCUCCGAGAAUUCGAAGCGCGCUCUGGUCUGGCAGUGAGUGUGCACAAGACUUCGUUCUUUGCUUCAGGUUUAUCAUCUGCUGAAACUGAUGCCAUUCAGGUCUCCACGGGCAUGCCUUUAGGUUCCCUCCCGGUUUGCUACCUUGGCGUCCCGCUCUGCACAAAGAAACUAACCUUAUUAAACUGUGAAGGAUUGCUACAGCAAAUCAAGAGCAAAUUCUCAUCCUGGAGCUCUAAGGCGUUAUCUUUUGCAGGACGGAACAUUGAAGCUCACCACACAGCAAGAGUUUCUUGGAGUGAGGUAACUAAGCCUAAAAGAGAGGGAGGACUAGCGGGUUCAGUUUGGGUCGCUUGGUUUAAGGAGGAAGUACUUAAUGGUGAUCUAAGCAACCUAUGGAUAACUACUCCUAACAGAAGAGCAUCGAAUGGCCUCUCAUGCCGGUUUUGGACAGACAACUGGUCCCAUUUUGGUAACAUGAGAGAGUUUCUGCAACUUGGUCCUGCCUCCAUGGGAAUCGCUACGUCGGCAACAUUGGCAUCUCUCUUCACCAACAACUCCUGGCGUCUACCUCCAACACGAUCUGAAAGACAGGUUCAAUUACACGCCCACUUAACUACCAUCGUUCUAAAUAAUGAUGAUGACUUCUACGAAUGGGGAAUGUAUGUCUCGUGGUUCCGGUUCAUCUGGAUCAAGGGAGGUAUACCUCGACAUAGCUUCUUGGCAUGGCUAUUUGUGCUCAACAGGUGUCCAACCAGAGACAGAAUCAUCGACUGGGGGUUGCGAACUUCGCCUCUAUGCCUGCUCUGUAAUUCUGCUCCUGAAAGCAGGGAUCAUCUUUACUUCGACUGCCCGUUUACUUGGAGUAUCUGGAGUUCGCUGGCGCCCCGCUCUGGACUCAACCCUGCAAGGUCAUGGUCAUCAGUAUUGGCUCAACUAGGGUCGCUGCGCCCACAAACGCCGAGAGGAAGGCUUACCUUGCUUUGCUGGCAAGCUUGUCUCUAUUGGAUUUGGACGGAAAGAAACGCUAGACUGCACCGAAACAUCUUCCGAUCGGUGGAAGGCAUAUCUCGCUUAAUAGAUAGGCAGAUCAAAGACCGUCUCCUGAGCUUUAGGUCUUCGAAUCCUGCUGCUUCCUCCACCAUGAUGCAACAGUGGCUCUCCUAA